AUGGGCUCAACUCAUCCCGUCGUCCUCCUUUGUGGGGAUGUAACAGACUCAUGGGUUGAGGGUAUAGACUACAUCUACGACUACGCCACCAAAACACCAUGGCUCCAGUCAUUCUUGGUACAGUUAUUCGCUGCCCUCAAAUCCGAGGUAGGAGCUAUGGAAAAUUUUCUGCGGGAGACUUUUGGAACUUGUUCCAAUUUCCAAGAGCUUGCUCAGAAAUAUCGCCAUUCAGGCGACCCGGUAGGCAUGGUGCACGCCUUGCUCCUCUACACAGUGAGAUCAGCACUCAUGUUGGACGUAGCAUACCGAGAACCACUAUUGCUCAACCCAGGUGAGGGUACGCCAGAGACGCACUUAGUCGGUAUAUCUGGAGGUCUUUGGAACGCCGUUGCAGCGCCAAUUGCUUCCAACUUCUCCAAUAUGUAUGAUGCUUCUAUCGAGGCCGGCCGGGCAUACGCACGACUUUGUAGUCUUACGUUUACUCGAUCGAGAGCUAUGGAAGAUCGCACUGGGGUCUGGGGUUGGGUUAUCGUCGACGUGGCCGCUCAUGAGCUCGAAUCAAUUCUAAAACGAUUUCAAGAUGCAAUGUGCUCGGAACUGAAAAGGUUUCCCAAAAACGAGCUAUCAGGAAUACGUGCCAUGCAGCACACGCUCAACAUCUCCGAGGCCGACAUUGACUUCGUUGUUGGAAAUUCCAGUCUCUUAUCUACACCUCUUCGACCAGGGUACAAAAUAUGGGGGAUGGCUGAAAAUGAUGCAAAGAAAACGUAUUCAAACUGGGGACACCUGCUGAGGGUCGCGGCAUUACAGACGCUGUCUCAACGGUUGGAUGUAGUGCAAACGGUGGGCAAGCUCAGUACCUACUUAGACACGUCACAGGAUAUCGAUGUCAAGUUGAUUGGUCCCAGCGGUCACACAGCGUAUCUCGCCAAUGUUCUCAAAGCUGGUCUUGGUACAUUAGAAAGACACGUGUCGAUCGACGAUAUCAUGGCUUGUCCGUCAAACAAGAGUAUGCGUCAAGGUGGUAUUGCCAUUGUGGGAAUGUCGGGAAAAGGACCUGGCAGCGAGGACUUGGAUGAAUUUUGGAAUGUUGUUGUCACUGGCCAAGACUGCUACCAAGAAAUUCCAGCAGAUCGCUUUGAUCUAGGCGAAUACUACUGUUCCAAGCAUGGGACAGUUGGAGCGGGGAAUUGUACCAUAACUUGUCGGCAUGGGUGCUUCAUGAAUAAUCCGGGCCAUUUUGACGCCAAAUUCUUCCAUAUCUCGCCGCGCGAGGCCUUGCUGAUGGACCCGAAUCACCGGCUUUUUUUGAUGAAUGCUUACGAGGCGCUGGAGACGGCAGGAUAUUCUGCAGGACAAACCAGGACGACUGAUCCGAACAAAAUUGGCGUCUUCUUCAGUCAAAGCGCCGAGGACUGGCAUAAGGUCUGCCACCGUGCACUGAGCUGCGACGCCUAUACGAUGCAAUGUAUCCAGCGAGGCUUUGGCCCAGGUCGACUGGCUUAUCAGAUGAAUUGGGAGGGGCCAACCUAUGCGAUUGAUUCAGCUUGUGCUGGAGCCACUUCUGCUCUUCACCUUGCCUGUAUGAGCCUACUCUCUCGUGAUAUAGACAUGGCGGUCACUGGCGCUGCAAAUAUAUUGUCUGAUCCUCAUUCUUUCUCCAUUCUUAGCAAGGCUGGUGUCUUGUCCGACACUGGAAACUGUAAGACAUAUCGCGACGAUGCAGAUGGAUACUGCCGUGCAGAUUUUAGUGGUGCUGUUGUUCUAAAACGAAUCGACGAUGCCAUCGCCCACAAUGACCGCAUAUUGGCUGUAAUCGCUUCGUCGGCCAGAAACCACUCUGGAAACUCAACAUCCAUCACGACAUCGGACGCAAACGCACAAGAGCGUUUAUUUCACAAAGUUCUACGAAACGCCCGUCUAGACCCCAGCGAUGUCUCCUAUAUCGAGAUGCAUGGUACAGGAACCCAAGUCGGGGAUAAGGCAGAAAUGGCAGCAGUUGCCAAAGUCUUUUCUCCCAGGCCGAACGGGCAGUCUCUACCGGUAGGAGCCGUCAAGGCCAAUAUUGGCCACAGUGAAUCAGCUGCUGGAAUGGCUUCGUUACUGAAGAGUAUCAUGAUGCUUCAAAAAAGUAUGAUUCCCCCACAGGCUGGCAUGCCACAUGAUUUGAACCCCAAUGUGGGUGUCCAUUUGCAAAAUGGCAGCAUUGUGAUUCCGACAGAGGCAAUCCAGUUCCAAGACAUCACUGGAAAGCCGAGACGAAUUCUCAUCAACAAUUUUGACGCGGCUGCAAGUCUCACUCCAUACUGUACUGUUCGCGGCUAUGCUAACCCACAGAAUCUCCAGGGCGGCAAUUCAUGCGUACUUCUCGAAGAGUACAAGAAAAACCCGGCUAGACACAAAGACGCUGAUCCCCGUUCGGCUCAUGUGAUUGCAACAUCGGCCAGAACGCCGUCAUCACACCUUGCUCACAUGCGUCAACUUGUUAGUUGGCUGCGAGCAAAUUCCGAUGCUCGGAUUCAGGAUAUCGCCUAUUCAACCACAGCACGGAGAAUGCAUCAUCCUAUCAGGUUUGCGAUUGUAGCACCUACGCGACAAGAGGCCAUUUCCAAGCUCGAGACCGAGAUCGAGCGGUCCAAAUCUUUCAAGUCUUCACCUGCUGAGGUUAUCUUUGCAUUCACCGGUCAAGGCUCAAGCUACGCUGGUAUGGGUGCUGAGCUGUACCGUACGAGUUCGGUUUUUCGCAAAACUGUUGACUUCUGCGUUGAAGUCUGCGACGCUAGCGGCUUUCCAGCCUUCCUAGACAUCAUCACUGAUGGAACCAUCGAUUUGUUGACCAAGAACGCCGCGCAGACCCAGCUUGCUAUUGUCACGCUGGAAAUUGCCCUUACUGCCUUUUGGCGAUCCGUCGGUAUAGUACCCGUCAUGGCCAUCGGCCAUAGUCUUGGAGAAUACGCCGCCCUCCACGCAGCAGGUGUGCUGUCAAUCACUGAUACACUGUACCUUGUUGGCCACCCUCCAGUAGACAUUGUGCGGACGCAUCUUGCCCAGUUCGGCGACACAUCCUGUGACGUUGCCUGCAUCAAUAGCCCUAAUGCUACUGUAAUCAGUGGAACGGCUGAGGAUUUGGCGGAUAUCCAGGCCGAUAUGACGGCUUACGACGUCAAAACGCGCACUGCUAUGUUAUCCAUCCCAUUUGCAUUUCACUCGUUCCAGGUUGAUCCAAUUCUACAUGACUAUAAGACUCUCGCAAGCGGUGUGACCUAUCUGCCACCCAAGAUUCCAGUAGUCUCAACAUUAUUGGCAUCGCUAGUCGAUAGACCAGGCGUGUUCAGCGAAGACUACCUUGUCAUGCAAACACGCCAGGCAGUCGACUUUUGCGGCGGCCUCAAUGUCGUCAAGUCUGUCCUCAAGGAUCCGGUUUGGCUCGAGAUCGGACCGGGUCCGGUUUGCACCUCGUUUGUCCGCAAUACACUUGCACCGCCGCCUCAUAAACUCAACUACAGCAUGGAUGCAAAUAAGAGUAACUGGUCAUGUAUUUCUAGCAGCUUAGCGAAUAUGUAUACGAGUGGUGUCGAAGUGGACUGGCUUGCACUACAUGCACCUUACGAGGGCAACCUCGAGUUGUUGCCACUCCCAACAUAUACAUGGGACGUCAAGAACUAUUGGAUCACCGACAGUGACAAGAAUAUUGCGAUUGAAUCUGCCAAAAGGAACCGAGCUGAAUUCUCGUCGGAGCCUUUCUUAUCAACGACCGCACAGUAUCUCGUCGAAAAGACACUCUCCCCAAAGGUUCAAAUUACCUUCCGAGCUGGUAUCUCUGGACACGGAUUUAUGGGCCUUAUUGAAGCUAAGUAUGCACUUGAACACAGCGGCAGGAAACAUGUUACCGUGGCCCAUCUGAGCUUCCACGACCCUGAGCUCCUCGCGCCCUUGACUCGAGACCUAGCCGGAACAGAGGCCACACUGAUAUCCACAGCCACGAUGGAGACUGCAUCUGCCGAGUUCGUUUUAGUUACGUUCAAGGUCACUUCAGAGCGAGGCGAAACACACAACCUCGGGUCAAUGAGAGUCAAGUAUCGAAACCCUGAAAAGGCACUGAUCGACUUGGACCGCGUGUCGUUCUUCAUUAGGGCUAAAAUGGAAGAGCGAAUCCGGCUUUCUAAGGAAGGCUCAGGUCAUAGAAUCCAGCCCGAUAUUUUCUUCGCGCUCUUUGCCAAUGCUGUUGAGUUCUCUUCUGACUUUAGAGGCGUUCAGGAGGCUUAUUUAGCUAGCGACUUUCAAGAGGCUGCAGCCACAGUCGUGCUGCAGCCUGACCCGGUGGGCACCCGAUUCACAUUCUCACCAUACUGGGCCGAGGCCUUGCUGCAUUUGGCGGGAUUUAUGGUCAACGGCAACCCGAGCAAGUCGCCCCAGUCGACCUUUGUUGUCAUGGGCUACGAUUCUGUUGAGCAGCUAGCUCCUGUCGUGCCUGGAAAGCAGUAUUUGACAUACACACGCAUCUCGCGAUGGGAAAAUGGCACGGCUUUCUGCGCAGCUUAUGUAUUCGACCCCCAAACGUUCAAGAUCGUUAUGCGAGCCAUUGAUUUGCGCUACCAAGAGUUCAAGACGGCUGUUUGGCGUCAUAUCCUUGAAGGUGCACAUUCUUCAGAAUCCCAAGAUGUCGAUGCGACCUCCAGAGUCCAAAAGUCUGUUUCUGCCAAAAGUAAGAUUCGAAAUGACCUGUCUGCUACUUUAGCAGUAGCGUCUUUGGAACAGAAAAUGGAUAAGGCCCAUAUCGAAGAUAAAUAUUCAGACAGAAGAGAAGUACAGGUUAUUAUGGACUGUCUUGCCGCAGCGACUGGGAGCGACAUCUCUGAGUUUACAAACGAUACUUUUGUAGCUGAUAUUGGAGUCGAUUCCAUCAUGGCCAUCGAGGUUGUCGCCGCUACUAAGGACUUGGGCGUCGAACUACCUGCUAAUUUUAUCUUUGACUAUCCCACAAUUGGCGAUAUCCGUCUCGCGUUUGACAGGCAAGUUGCCAAAGCCCCAGAAGAUGUUAUGGAGGCGAUAUAUUCUAGUGAAGAUGAGGAUUCUUAUUCCCCGACUCCUGAUAGUGACUUUGUCCCUAUUUCGGUACCAGAGUCGGUCUCUAACACUCAGUCAAGUGUGGUAAAUAUCGACAGACAACUAGAAUCCCAAAAUUCGGAAGCGAUUGAUACUUCACCACCUCCCAACGUUAGGAUCACACUUUUGCAUGGCCGCCCAAAUACCAGCAAAACGCCUUUGUACUUGAUAGCCGACGGUACAGGCACAGUUGCCUGUUUCAUCCACUUGCGGCCAUUCAAGUCCAAGCAAACUGUCUACGGCGUCGAUUCUCCAUACUUCCGCUGCCCAUCCCGCAUGACGAGCGACGUCGGUAUUGAAGGUGUCGCUAGGCUAAUUGUAGAGGCUUUGAUCAAAGCGCACGAUACAGGUCCAUUCAUGAUCGGUGGCUAUUCUGCUGGCUGUCUCGUCGCCUUUGAGGUCUCGCGGCAGCUUGCCGCAGCUGGGCGAACGGUCGAAGGUCUCCUUUUGAUUGACAUGUGCUGCCCGCGGUCGCGGUUAUCGGAUCAGCGCACACUCCUUGCCGAGGAUGAGCUCAGCUAUGAGGUCUUUCAGGAAGCCGUCAACAGGGACGGUCUAUGGAAUACACUCGGAUCCAGCCGUGAUCAUUUUCGCGCCUUCUUUAUUGCCAUGAACCAAUAUACACCGCAACCAAUGACCCCCGCGGAGAGACCUGCGAGAACGGCCGUCAUCUGGGCUGAGCGAGGUUUGGUCAACCGUGUUUCAGAUGACCCUGAGCUGAUGAAGAAGCUAGAAGAACAGGGAGUUCCAACCAGGCCUUUUCCGGGCUUUAUGGAAGACCCCAACCUAGGAACAUUUGCUUGCCUUGUCCCAGAUAAGGGCGGAGCCGAAAAUUUGGGCCCAAAUGGUUGGGAAAAGUUCACCAGCGGAGAGAUUAUGGCUCUAUCUGUGUCGGGAGAUCAUUUUGAGCUGUCCUCGCCUGGACAUGUCCAUCUUCUCCAGGCGCAAAUGGAAAAAGCUUUUACCUACUUUUCAUCACAUUAA